ACGCCUGCCACACCAAUUGGAGAUUAUGGCAUUAUAAUACGAAGAAACCUCAUUACAAUACUAAGAAACCCCAAACCCGCGCGUCUGGUUGUUGGCAUGCUUCUCCCACCCCGCUUCCCUGCCCGGGAAUCCGGGAUCUCCAGCCGGGCAGCCGUGACUGACACACAGCAGCGCCAGCAGGCUCACACUGCCGCAGUUUAAAUGUCGGUGUACGACUUUCGUGUGUAGAACACCCUGCUGGCUGCUCAUGUUCUGUAUUUCCAAACGUGGCUCCUUAUGGAUGGGGGCCAGCCGCUCAUCUUCCCUGUUCCCCGACAUCCCCGCUGCCAAACCUCUUCCAACCCCAUCUCAAUUGAUCACAGAACGAGUCAGAGUGGAAGGGACCACGAGGGGUCAUGUGGGCCAUCCCAGAGCACACGGCACAGGAUUGCGUCCAGACCCUUCUUGAACAGCUCCGUGAGGGAGACUCCACAGACUCUCUGGGCAUUCUGUUGCAUUGCGCGGUCACUGCACAGGAAACAAGUUCUUCCUCGUGUUCAGCGGGAACUCCCCGUGCAUCACUCUCUGCCCGUUGCCAUGACAGCACAUGCACAGCCGUGAAACCCCCGGCGUUUGUCCCUGCUUUGGCCGAAGGGUCCGACCUGUGCCGCUGCAGAUUUCCGGGAUCGGCAUCCCGGGGGUCGCGGCCCUUCAGGCGCUCCCUUCCCGUCAGGCGCGCCGCGGGCAGCCCCGCCGAGGCCCCGCAGUUAAGGGCGGGCGCGGCGCCGCCCCUUCCUUUGGAGCCGGGGCGCCAUUUUGUGCGCACGCACGUAAUCAGCCAAAAUGACGAACACAAAGGGGAAGAGGAGGGGGACGCGUUACAUGUUCUCGAGGCCCUUCCGCAAACAUGGAGUUGUCCCUCUGGCUACCUACAUGCGGAUCUACAAGAAGGGUGACAUAGUUGAUAUCAAGGGUAUGGGUACUGUUCAAAAAGGCAUGCCCCACAAGUGUUACCAUGGCAAGACUGGAAGGGUAUAUAAUGUUACUCAGCACGCCGUGGGCAUUAUUGUUAACAAGCAGGUUAAGGGCAAGAUUCUGGCCAAGAGAAUUAAUGUGCGUAUAGAGCACAUUAAACAUUCCAAGAGCAGAGACAGCUUUCUGCAGCGUGUGAAGGAAAAUGAACGGAAGAAGAAGGAAGCAAAAGAGAAAGGCAUUUGGGUUCAGCUGAAACGUCAGCCUGCUCCACCAAGAGAAGCACACUUUGUGAGAACUAAUGGCAAGGAUCCAGAGCUGCUGGAGCCAAUUCCUUAUGAAUUCAUGGCAUAAUGUAUGUUUAAAAAAUAAAGAUAAGGUUUUGGACAAGUGUA